AUGAUGCCAUUCGUGAUUGUGGCCUUUUUGAUCGUGCUAUAUGCACUUUACAGGUACUCGAUAUGGACCACGAUUCCUCGUAUUGAAGGCAUCCCAGAGAUCCCCGGUGCGCUUCCUUUUAUUGGUCACCUGCACUAUUUUGGAGCCAGCUCGGGCAAGGCCGACGCGACUGUAUGGACGGAAUGGAGUCAGAAGUACGGAUAUGAUCUGUAUCAGGCCAAGUUUGGUCAGACGCGGUUCCUCGUGGUAAACUCGAUCCGAACUGUCAAGGACCUGUGGUUGGGUGAGAACCUGUCCAUCAUCGAAAAGCGAGAACCAUUCACUUUUAAAAAAUAUAUUGGUCUGGACUUUGCGUCCAUGGCUUGGACAGACGCGUGCAAGCGCCAGAGGAAUGCAGCAGUCAAGGCAAUGUCCAAGAGCAACUGGAUCAAGUUUAUUCCCGCCGUGGAAAGGGCGAGCGAAGAGAUGAUUCUCGCCAUCCUCCACGAUGGCGAGCGAGGACAGAAACCCCUCAAUCCGUUGCCUUACAUGGCCGGAGUCGCCAACAAUCUCAGCUGGCUAAUUGCAUACGGUAAAAGUGUGGCCGACAUGGGCGGAAGUUCAUUCUUUCGAGGUUUCUUCGACGCAUCACAGCAAGUCACAUCAAUCCGGUGGUCGACUCACCAGUGGACGGACUGGGUCCCGCUUCGUCGUCUUUUCCCCAGUGUCCAUAUCACUCGAGCCAUCCAGGCAAAGGAGAAGCGAAAAUACUAUCUUGACAAAUUAUACGAUGCCAUGGUCCAGGAUAUUGAACAGGGCCAAGACGUCCACUGUAUUGGAGCAGAUGUCACCUUGGAUGAGAAGUCCCAAUUGACCAAAGAGGACGUUCAAAGUGUUUGCGAAGGCAUGAUGCAAGGCGGCAGCGAGACCAUCGGAGCCACUCUUUCGUGUGGACUUGGUGCUCUUGCAACGGCCGAGGGACAGAAGAUCCAGAAAGAGGCAUACGAUGCCAUCCUUGCCGAGUAUGGCUCAGCCAAGGCGGCGUGGGAUGCGGCAUUUCGCGAAGAAAAGGUCGAAUACGUGGUUGCCCUGUACAAAGAGAUGAUGCGCCAAUAUGUCGUGGUGCCACAAGGAGCCGGUAGAAUGACAGCCAAAGAUCUACCCUUCCGUGGUACCGUGCUGCCCAAGGGUAUCCUCAUCUUUAUGAACCUCGAAGGGGCGAAUCAUGAUAAAGAAUGGUACGGCGAAGAUGCAGGGGAGUUCAACCCUAAGCGUUGGCUGACACGGGAGAAUUUGAUCAAUGACAAGGGCAACACUCCUCAUCUCGGCUAUGGAGCAGGGGCAAGAAUGUGUCCUGCGUGGGCCAUCUCGAAUCGAAUUUUAUAUGGUCUGUUGGUGCGAAUCAUCAUCAAUUUUCAGAUCACCCACACGCCAACAGCACCACCAAAUACUCAUCCGACCCAAUUCAACGUAACACCUAGAUCCUCGGUCGCUCGGCCGGGUCCUUGGGGGGCGAUCUUUACCUCCAGGUCGAAAGGGUCGAGCCUCGCCACGCACGAGACCAAUGACAUGCUCGAAAUGGUAGAAUAA